AUGAGACUUCCGUUUGUUAGCUCGACAGUCGCUCUUCUUUCUAGCGCCAGCUUAGUGGCAGCGCAGACAUACACCAAUUGUAACCCGCUGAAGAAAUCAUGUCCUGCGGAUCCCGCACUGGGGAAAUCUGCGAGCUAUGACUUCACUCAAGGCAGUUCCUCCGACUUUACUGCAACCGGUAGCCCGACCUAUGGUGACAAUGGUGCCGAGUUCACCGUGGCUCAACAGGGAGAUGCGCCAUUGAUCCAGUCCAACUGGUACAUCAUGUUUGGGCACGUGGAAUACGUGAUCAAGGCUGCCCCUGGAACGGGCAUUGUGAGCAGUGCCGUUUUGCAGUCCGAUGACUUGGAUGAGAUCGACUGGGAAUGGCUUGGAGGGAAUGACCAGCUUGUGCAAACCAACUACUUUGGAAAAGGAGAUACAAGUAGUUACAAUCGUGGAGCUACCCAUAAUGAUCCUGGGAACCACGACGACUUUCACACCUAUACUGUGGACUGGACGAGCAAGCAAAUCGUCUGGCAGAUCGAUGGCACAACGGUCAGAGUGCUUACGCCGGAUACUGCUGACACGAACCAGUACCCCCAGACCCCCAUGGUAGUCAAAGUAGGAAUCUGGGCUGGAGGCGAUCCCAGUAACCCUCAAGGUACAAUCGAUUGGGCUGGAGGCACGACCGAUUACAGCGCCGGACCCUACACAAUGUACUUGAAGUCCCUCAAAGUCACGGACUAUUCGACCGGCUCGUCAUACUCAUAUGGUGAUGAGAGUGGGGACUGGACGUCUAUCACCGCCAACGGAGGUCAGGUUAAUGGAAACAUUGGGGCCGAUACAAUGACCUCAAUUCAGUCAGCACCCACUGUGACGUCGACAGUUGCCAGUAUCCCUAUCCCUUGGAGCGGCACUCAUCGUGAAACAUCCAGCUUUGUGACUCCAGAUGUCUGGCCAUGGGUUGCGACAGCAACAUCGACAUCGCUGCCUUCUGGCUGGACAUAUUCUGGUUCUAGACAAAUCCAGCCGCCUAGCGCGGCUUCUGUGAGUGAGCAUUUCCCUUAA